CCACCCAACUAUGCGCCACCUCUUAAUCCCACUCCUCCGCGGCCGCCUUGGCCGCCGCCUCUUUUACCGGUGGGCCCACUUCAAGGUCCCGACUGCGCCGGCACCGCCGACGCCGCCGAGACCGCCGCGGAAGCCGCAGAGCUUCACGUUCCAGGACUCGACCUGGGAGGACCCGUACAGCUGGAUGUCGAACCUGGGCGACAAGGUGGCCAUGCGGCACAUGGACGUAUAUAUGGAGCAGGAGGAGAAGUACACAGAGGCUGUCAUGUCCGACACCGAGCGACUCCAGCCCAAGCUCCAGUCCGAGAUGGCCUCUCGCCUCGCCUUCGACCUCUCCACCCCUCCCCUCCACUGGGGCCCUUGGUUGUACUAUCGGCGGGUGGAAGAAGGAAAACAGUAUCCAGUUCUGUGUCGGAGAUUGGCGAGCUUGAAUGAAGAGUUCAUUUCUCACAAAUCUCCUUCAGCUGGGUUUGAUUUUACCUCUGGCAAGAGAAUUGAGCAGAAGCUGCUUGAUUAUAAUCAGGAAGCUGAGAGAUUUGGAGGUUAUGCUUAUGAGGAAUUAUCAGAAGUGUCUCCGGAUCAUAAGUUUCUUGCAUAUACCAUGUACGAUAAGGAUAAUGACUACUUCAGGUUGUCCGUAAGGAACUUAAAUUCUGGUGCUUUAUGUAGUAAACCUCAAGCAGAACGUGUUUCAAACUUGGCAUGGGCCAAGGAUGGACAGGCAUUGCUCUAUGUUGUCACAGACAAAAAUAAGAGGCCGUACCGGAUAUACUGCAGCAUGAUUGGAUCGACUGAUGAAGAUGUCUUGCUUAUGGAAGAAUCAGAUGAUAAUGUUCAUAUUAACAUAAGACAUACAAAGGAUUUUCGAUUUGUGACUGUAAAUACAUUCUCUACUACAUCUUCAAAGGUAUUUCUGAUAAAUGCAGCUGAUCCAUUGUCUGGCAUGACAUUAAUUUGGGAUUGUGAAGGUAUAGCCCACUGCAUAGUUGAGCAUCACCAAGGAUGCCUUUAUAUAUUUACAGAUGCUGCCAAAGAGAGCCAAUCAGUUGAUUAUCAUUAUCUUCUUCGCAGUCCUGUUGAUGCUUCUUCCAGUCCGAGAGUAUGGGAGAGUGUAUUUCUUGAUGAUGGAGAUUUGAUCAUUGAGGAUGUUGAUUUCAGUGAUACACACUUGGUCCUUAUUACAAGGGAAGGUCAAAAAUUCAGAAUUUGUUCCGUUACUCUCCCUUUGCCUGCUGGGAAGGAAGCAGUUCAACUGAAAGAUCUAAAUCCAUAUUUCCUCCCUCUUCCGAAAUAUGUUUCUCAAAUUUCAUCUGGACCUAAUUAUGACUACUAUUCAUCCUCCAUGCGCUUUACAAUCUCAUCGCCUGUGAUGCCCGAUGCUGUGGUUGAUUAUGACCUCUCAAAUGGCAAGUGGAAUAUCAUUCAACAGCAAAAUAUUCUUCAUGAAAGAACACGAAUAUUGUAUGGAACAGUCUCUUCUGUAAGCAUUGCUGAAAACAACUCAAAUACCAAAAAUUCCAAUUCCACGAAUGAAGUCAAUGUUGAAGAUGAUAACAUGUGGAAUGACCUCUCUGAGUUUUAUGCUUGUGAACACUAUGAUGUCUCUUCACAUGAUGGGGUUGUGGUUCCUUUAACUAUUGUAUACUCGCACAAAAACAAGAAAGAGAAUCAGAACCCUGGAUUACUUCAUGGGCAUGGAGCUUAUGGUGAAUUACUUGACAAACGAUGGCGUAGUGAGUUGAAAAGCCUUCUUGAUCGUGGUUGGGUUGUUGCUUACGCUGAUGUUAGGGGUGGAGGUGGUGGGGGUAAAAAGUGGCAUCAUGAUGGCAGACGUACAAAAAAGAAUAAUUCCACAAAAGAUUAUCUCUCCUGUGCCAAAUUCCUUAUUGAGAGAGGGAUUGUGCAAGAAAACAAGCUUGCUGGUUGGGGUUUUAGUGCUGGAGGGCUUUUGGUUGCUUCUGCCAUCAAUUCUUGCCCAGAUUUAUUUCGUGCUGCAAUUUUGAAGGUUCCAUUUCUAGAUCCAACCAACACUCUUCUCUAUCCCAUUUUACCACUCACGGCUGUUGACUAUGAAGAGUUUGGGUACCCCGGAGAUGUUGAUGAUUUUCAUGCCAUACAGAAAUAUUCUCCUUACGAUAAUAUUCAGAAGGAUGCUCUUUAUCCAGCUGUAUUGGUUACCUCAUCUUUCAACACGCGAUUUGGGGUGUGGGAAGCUGCAAAAUGGGUUGCACGAGUCCGUGAACUUGCUAUUUAUGAUCCAAAACGUCCAAUACUACUUAAUUUAACAACAGACAUAGUGGAGGAAAACAGGUACCUACAGUGCAAGGAAUCAGCAUUGGAGACUGCAUUUCUUAUAAAGGUAAUGGAAUCUUAGUUUUGCUUCCACCAAAUCUUAUGAUCUCGGCAAGGCAAAAAUUCUACCAAUGGGGGGGGAGAGGCAUCUUUUCAGGGAUCAAUUCUACAAUCCAAACUAUCCCUCUGUGGAUUCAUUAUUUAAUAAUCGAAGUCUUAUUUGGUUGCUGUGGUACCAUAUAAAGCCUACUCUUUUGGGGGGUGGAUGAUCUGGCCUAACGUGGUGGCUCAUUUUGCAUAAGUAGCCAACUGAAUCAAGACAAGAAGGGCUUUCUAUAGUAGGUGCAUGAAGAAGACCUUCGAUUGUGGUUAUUUUUAGUUGAGAUCACUUCCAUGUACCUUAUUGGGAAUCUAUAUCCAAUAAUUUUGUUGUUUGGAUUAUUAGCGAUUCGGGCAAUAAAUGUGAGAAAGCUCUUAUAGGGCUCAUUUGCCCGAACAGUCUUGGGAAGCCUAAUUUCCUGCUUGAGCAAGUGAGUCUCAUAGGAUGAUGUUCUUUUACAUUUACUGCUCAGAUCAACAAAUUGCUAGGAAUUCAAAUCACCUUAUUGGUCAUAUAUGAAAUUCAAAACUAUGUCUUGAA